UUCUCCAUCACGACAUAAGGACUACAUUUCCCAGGUUGACAGUGACCUAUGACGUUAAAUUUAUGCGCCGAUCUUUACAGUCGUUGGAGAGAUCUAUGGUUAAUAGAAAAUACUAAGUAGUCACCAUGGUGAUGAAGUCAGCAGUUGAGGAUGAUGAUGCUGGCUGGGGGCUGGGCAUCCCAGAAAAGAUGAAGAACAAUGCCAACUGGGUUAAUAUUACACAUGAAUUUAAGGGCGCGUGCAAAGAGUUGAACCUUGGAGAGCUGCUUCAUGACAAACUGUUUGGCUUGUUCGAGGCCAUGUCAGCCAUAGAGAUGAUGGAUCCUAAGAUGGACGCAGGAAUGAUUGGAAACCAGGUCAACAGGAAAGUGCUCAACUUUGAACAAGCUAUCAAGGAAGGUGCCAUCAAGGUGAAAGACCUUAGUCUUCCUGAACUCAUCGGGAUCAUAGACACAUGUUUCUGCUGUUUGAUCACGUGGCUUGAGGGCCACUCCCUGGCGCAGACGGUGUUCACCUGUCUGUACGUCCAUAACCCCGACCUGAUUGAGGAACCAGCCCUCAAAGCCUUUGCCCUUGGCAUCCUGAAGGUGUGUGACAUCGCCCGAGAGAAAGUCAACAAGGCUGCUGUAUUCGAGGAGGAGGAUUUCCAGGCCAUGACCUAUGGCUUCAAGAUGGCCAAUAAUGUAACAGACCUGCGGGUGACAGGUAUGCUAAAAGACGUGGAGGAUGAGUUACAGAGGAAAGUUAAGAGCACGCGCAGUCGACAGGGUGAGCAGCGAGACCCCGAGGUUGAGCUGGAGCAUCAGCAGUUUUUGGCACUUUUCAAUAGAAUCAAGUUCACACGCCUUCUACUGACAGCACUGAUCACCUUUACCAAGAAAGAGACCAGCUCGGUGGGCGAGGCUCAAAAGCUUGUGGCUCAGGCAGCGGACCUUUUAUCAGCCAUUUAUUCCAGUAUUCAGCACGGCAUCCAGUCACAGAAUGAUACCACUAAAGGAGACCACCCCAUCAUGAUGGGCUUUGAGCCACUGGUAAACCAGAGACUGCUGCCACCUACCUUUCCUCGCUACGCCAAGAUCAUCAAAAGGGAGGACAUGGUGGCCUACUUUAGCAAACUUAUAGAACGCAUCAAAACCGUCUGUGACGUGAUCAACACCACCAACCUGCAUGGCAUACUGGACUUCUUCUGUGAGUUCAGUGAGCAGUCUCCCUGUGUGCUCUCCAGAUCUCUACUUCAGACAACGUUCCUGAUAGAUAAUAGGAAAGUGUUUGGGACACACCUGAUGCAGGACAUGAUUAAAGAUGCUCUGAGAUACUUUGUUAGCCCACCUGUCCUCUCCUACAAGUGUUGUCUGUUCAACAACCACCAGGCCAAGGAUUACAUUGACUCCUUUGUUACGCACUGCUCCAGGCCAUUCUGCAGUCUGAUCCAGAUCCACGGACACAACCGAGCUCGACAGAGAGACAAGCUGGGUCACAUUCUUGAAGAGUUUGCCACACUGCAGGACGAGGCAGAGAAGGUGGAUGCAGCCCUGCAUAGCUUGCUGAUGAAACUUGAGCCUCAGCGACAGCAUCUAGCCUGUCUUGGCACCUGGAUCCUCUACCAUAACCUGAGGAUCAUGAUCCAAUACCUUCUGAGUGGCUUUGAACUGGAGCUGUACAGCAUGCAUGAGUACUACUACAUCUACUGGUACCUGUCUGAGUUCCUUUACGCAUGGCUGAUGUCCACUCUGAGCAGAGCCGACUCCUCUCAGAUGGCAGAGGAGCGGAUCAUGGAGGAGCAGGUGAAGGGACGCAGCAGCAAAAAGACCAAGAAGAAGAAAAAAGUUCGCCCUCUCACCAAGGAGAUCACCAUGAGCCAAGCAUACCAGAACAUGUGUGCUGGCAUGUACAAGACUAUGGUAGCUUUGGAUAUGGACGGGAAGGUGCGUAAGCCUCAGUUUGAGUUGGACAGCGAGCAGGUUCGCUACGAGCAUCGCUUUGCCCCCUUCAACAGCGUGGUCACCCCCCCACCUGUGCACUAUAUCCAGUUCAAGGAAAUGUCCGAUCUGAAGAAGUACAAUCCUCCGCCAGGCUCCGCUGACCUCUACAUGGCUGCCAGCAAACACUUCCAGCAGGCCAAGCUCAUCCUAGAAAAUGUGCCCAGCCCAGACCCUGAGGUGAACCGUAUACUAAAGGUUGCCAAGCCCAACAUUGUAGUUAUGAAGCUCCUGGCUGGAGGGCACAAGAAGGAGACCAAGGUGCUCCCAGAAUUUGACUUCUCAGCUCACAAGUACUUUCCUGUGGUCAAGAUUAUCUGACUCUGCUCCGAUUAUGAGAGUGUCAUCAUGAAGACCAUCAGCUGCAAGGACCGUACCUUCACCUGAACAAGUGUGCAAUGGCCCCGAUCCAGUCCAUGUCUGAACAUUGUGUGUGUGAUACACCUAACUGUAAAGUUGUGUAAAGGAGUGUUUGAUACA